CAUGUAUACACACAUUUUUAAAAGUCAGCAUGCGAAUAAAAUGCAUUUCUUAAACAAUACGUUACCCUGGCUCCGAUGCAGCAUUUGUUCUGUAGAGUAACUGAAGUUGUCAGAGUACAGCUGUUGCCUCCAAGCUAGCAGAAACAUGGAAAAACUCAACCCGAACUUCUUCAACAUUGUACUUUAGUGUAAAACACUUGAGUAAAUGUACUUAGUCACAUUCCGUCACGCAAAGACUUACAGCCAGCAGCUCAUCCGACACAGCCUCCUGCUGUGGAUCCACUUUGCGCACCAGCAGUCAGUCAUCAUGUCGGACCCAAAAGUGAAAGACUUCGAUGAACUAACGUCUUUUCUGGGAGACUAUGGACUUUUUCAAAUUUUAAUAAUUGUUCAGCUCAGUUUAGCUGCAAUUCCAAGUGGAUACAUGGGAGUGAUCGUGGUUUUCGUGUCGGAUACACCAGAGUAUCACUGCAAAGAGUCCAUCGACUCCACGCGCAACGGCACAGAUGUGGAGCAGCGCAGCUGGAUCGGACCUGACAGCUGUUCCCGGUACAAAGUGAACGGAAGCUGGACGCAGACAGCUGGACUCAGCAAUGACACAGAGCAAUGUGUGGAUGGAUGGGUGUUCAGCACUGAGAUAUACAGCUCCACUGUUGUGUCUGAGUGGGAUCUGGUGUGUGAACAUGCAUGGAAGGUCCCUUUUUCCACCUCCUUAUUCUUUGUAGGAGUCUUGAUUGGAUCCCUCAUCAGUGGUCCCUUCUCAGACAGGUUUGGCAGAAAGCCGGUGUUUUUUUUCACCAUGGUCUUACAGUCAGUCACUGCCUUAAUCCAGGCUGCCUCCGUCAGUUGGGUCAUGUUCUGUGUCCUCAACUGUCUAAAAGGACUUGGCCAAGUCUCCAACUAUGGCACAUCGCUCAUACUGGGGUCUGAGAUGUUGGGCCCGUCUGCAAGGAUAAAAUUCAGUCUGCUAGCCCAAGGUGUAUGUUACGGCAUCGGCUACGCCUUGUUGCCGCUCUUUGCCUACUUCAUACGAGGCUGGAGGAUGCUGCUGGUAGCUUCUGCCAUCCCCGGAUUGAUAUAUAUUCCAAUGUGGUGGGUCAUUCCUGAGUCUCCACGUUGGCUUCUGCAGAAAGGUCGGGUUGACGAGGCUGAACUUGUUAUACGAAAUGCUGCCAAAAGGAACAGAGUCCCCGUGCCUGAGGUGAUAUUCAGGGCUGGCCAGUGCUUGGAGCUAAAGAAAGAUAAAGGUGAAGAGGAGAUGACACACACUUAUCUGGACCUGGUACGCACCCCCAACAUGAGGAAUAUUACAAUUCUAGGUGUUUUCAUAUGGAUGUCCGUUGCCAUGGUCUAUUUUGGUCUCUCUCUCAACACCAGUAACCUGAAUGGAAACGUCUACCUCAACUGCUUCAUCUCAGCAGCCAUUGACAUUGUGGUGACUGUAGCCACUGGGCUGCUGGUCAACCGUGCACCUCGACCCACUCUCCUCUUCUGCAUGUUGAUCCUCUGUGGCAUCAUGCUCUUGCUCAUCCAGCUGGUUCCUGAAGACAUGCUUGUCAUGGUCCAGGUGUUCACCUUGGUGGGAAAAGUGGGCGUGGCUGGUGCUUACGUCUUCCUCUUUGUGUUUGUCACCGAGCUGAUGCCCACUGUGGUCAGGAACAUGGGCCUAGGGAUCACCACCACUGCUGCAUUCGCUGGCUCCAUCAUGUCUCCCUAUGUGAUCUACAUGGGUGUUUACAGCAGGGUCCUGCCGUACAUUAUUUUUGGUACAGUCUGCCUCAUGGCUGCUGCUGCGGGCUUGUUGCUGCCAGACACCAGAAACAGCAAACUUCCUGACCUUAUCAGCCAGGCUAGACCCAUCAGAAGCUGCUUCUGCUGCUGUCCAGAGAAAACAGCUGCUGCCCAGUCAGACACAACUGGAGACUGUAGAGAAAGGAACAACCGCUCCCCCUGCUGACAGAACAUUAGACAGCAAGAGUCGAUCAGUCUAAAGACAAAAGCCUUUAAAACACAAACUGUGUUUCUGUCUUCUGAUGGGUUGGACAUAAUGUUGUACAGGAGAGAGAGCCUCAGAGCUUCUCUUGUCACAUUCAUGUUUAUAAUUUACAUUUAUAGCAACUUGAAAAGAUUUAAUUGUGAAGAACUCGCUGAGCCACAUUUUGUUGACUAAUAAACAGAAGUGUUAGUCUUGUAAUCAUUAUCAUUUGACCUGUUUGUAAUCAGCAUGUAUGAAAAAACUUCUUGGAUUACAUAUUAGGCCUCGGGCCAUGAUCAAUUGUUAUUUGAAGGAUUUCUUAACAUUGCAAGAUAGGUCAUUCGUUUUCAUGCACUGUUGCAACUGACUUGAAUAACAAUACAGUUCCAUACAUGCCCUGAGUGUCAUGUAUGGUAAAACCAUUUAUAAAGUAAAAGGAAUUGAAAUCA